AGGCAAGGGGAGCGGAAGCGGAGGAGGACUCAGCAGCAAGAGCUGCUCCCAGCAGAGAUCCUGAUCAAGCACCCCCUGCAGAACAGAUGGGCACUGUGGUUUUUUAAAAAUGACAAGAGCAAGAUGUGGCAGGCAAACCUGCGCCUUGUCACCAAGUUCAGCACUGUGGAGGACUUCUGGGCGCUGUACAGUCAUAUUCAGCUUGCCAGCAAGCUUUCAUCUGGCUGCGACUACUCCCUCUUCAAGGAUGGCAUCGAGCCCAUGUGGGAGGACAGCCAGAACAAGCGUGGUGGGCGCUGGCUCAUCACCCUGGGCAAGCAGCAGCGGCACACUGAGCUGGACCAUUUCUGGCUGGAGACGCUGAUGUGCCUCAUUGGGGAGAUGUUUGGCGAGUACAGCAAUGAGGUGUGUGGGGCUGUCAUCAACAUCCGUGCCAAGGGGGACAAGAUUGCCAUCUGGACCCGGGAAGCAGAUAACAAGGAAGGGGUCACCUACAUUGGGCGUGUCUACAAGGAGCACCUGGGCCUGUCACAAAAGGUGGCCAUUGGUUACCAGGCCCAUGCAGACACAGCCAACAAGAGUGGUUCUCUUGGCAAGACCAAGUUUGUGGUGUGA